UUUCAAAGUCACAACUCACAAGGAUCUUCCUAUGUGUGAUUACGCCGGUAGGAUUUAAGUAGGACACAAGAAUCACAAUUCAAAACCCAGGAACUGCAAUUAUCACACCAUCUGUAUAAAAAAAAUCAAACAAACAAAUUAAACAAAAUGAGGAAGCAACUACUUUCUCUGAAAUCCCUCUCUGAAAAACUCCACAAAUCGUUCAAUCUUCCACGCUCAACUCCCACCAAUUCGCACUCCUUCAAAUCUUUCCAUUCUCUCUCCAACCCCAACAUCAACAACAAUGGCCGCCACCUGCUCAAUUCCCACCAUUCCUCUCUUCUCUCCCCUCACCAUCAAUGGGGAUCGUCCACCAUUAAUGGCUUCCUCAAAAACCCUGCCCCCUCAAAACACUUCGUUUCCCGUGCCCAGUUCAAGGGUCCAAUCAAAAGAUUUGUGGUUUCCAGAGUUGGGCUUCUUACUACCCAAUUCUCCAAGAUUAAAGGGUCAACUUGGUCGUCAAUUCAGCGGAGUGGAUGGAGUUCAUGGUCCGGAGGAUAUUCUGGCUAUUCAGCUGAUAAUGUAGUUUACGGCUUAAUUAUUGCCAAUGCGGCUGUUUUUAUACUGUGGCGGGUUUUCCCUCAGGAUUUUAUGUAUCGAAACUUUACAAUUUCAGUGGACAACUUUAAAAGUGGACGUAUACACACACUGCUUACUUCGGCGUUCAGCCAUGUGGACAUUGGACAUAUUGGAUCCAACAUGCUUGGUCUCUACUUCUUUGGCAGCAGUAUUGGAAGUGUGUUUGGACCACAGUAUUUGCUGAAGCUAUAUGUCGCUGGUGCUGUUGUUGGAUCUAUAUUCUAUUUGGUGCACCAUGCUUAUCUAGCUAAUACAUUUAAGGGACACGGAAUCUUCAGCAAUAAUCCAUCAAGAACUCCAGGACUGGGGGCAAGUGGAGCAGUCAAUGCCAUAUUGCUUCUUGACAUAUUCCUCUUUCCAAGAAAGACACUUAUGUUUGACUUCUUCAUUCCAGUCCCUGCCAUAUUACUGGGAAUCUUUCUUGUCGGAAAGGAUGUCUUGAGGAUUUUAGAGGGAGAUCAACACAUAUCUGGAUCAGCUCACCUGGGUGGUGCUGCAGUUGCUGCUGUGGCAUGGCUACGUCUUACAAAAAGAAUCCGUUUCUAACCACUGAGAUUCUUGUUUUUAAUUUGUUGUCCGGUUGAAAUCGUGUAUGAGUUUAUGUUUCAUGGGGUAGGUUUAAUAAUGUAUAGAUUGAAAUUGUUCGGAUCAUCAUGGAAGUUAUCUCAUACUGUGACUCCAUCUCCUAUCAUUAGUCUAACUGUAAAUGUGACCUUUCUUUUAAUUACCUAUUUGUUGGGAGAUGGUAACUUGCUGUCGUAGGCCUUGUAGCAUGGCUACGUCUAAGGGGAGAUAAUCUUGAAAGCUUGAUUGUUAGAGCUUAAACAGGUUGGGUUGUGUCAAGUUUGUAAAGUGGGUUGAAAUCUGUUUAACCUGAACAUGACUCAAUUUAUGAAUGGACUAAAGACUAUCAAUUGAUUUGAUAGUUGAAACGGAUUGAUGAAACUUUAUUUUACUUGA